CAUCUUUGUAUUUUGUGUAUCUCUGAUGUCGUGCACAUGAUGGUUGAAGCCUCUGUUCCACAGCUCUGUAUGUGCAGUGUGUUGGUCAUUGCCCUCUGACCCUGUCGUCUGUGUGCAGCUCCCACUGUGCUGAAGAACGUUACAGGUGAAUCCAAAGUGAUGAAGGAGGAGAUCUUCGGGCCACUGCUGCCCAUCAUCACAGUGAGCGGUGUGGAUGAGGCCAUCCAGUUUAUUAACGAGAGAGAGAAGCCGCUGGUUAUCUAUGUCUUCUCCAAUGAGAACAAGCUGAUCAAAAGAGUGAUAGCCGAGACAUCCAGUGGAGCUCUGCUGGCUAAUGACUGUCUGGUUCACUUUACUGUCAGCUCUCUGCCCUUUGGAGGAGUUGGUAACAGUGGUAUGGGAUGCUACCACGGUCGCUACGGCUUCGACCAGCUGAGCCACAUGCGCAGCUGCCUAAUCAAACAGCUGAAGAUGGAAGGAGUGAACAGCAUGCGCUACCCCCCACACACUGCCAAGAAACUGGGCUGGGCUCGGUUCUUUCUGCUCAAGCAGAUCAAUGUGGGCAGGCUGCGUCGCAUGAUGCUGCUGGCUAUGUUUGUGGGCGUGACAUCGUUUGUGGUGCAGAGGUUCCUGCGAUGAGGCUCAGCAGGUAGACGGCGCUGUGGCGAUCCCGGGACAGCCACGCGGACUAAUCACCUGUAGUAGAACACAGCACUGCAGCUGUUUCAUGAUGAUAUUUUACUGAUAUUUGUUUUUCUUCUGUUAUUGUUGCAUCUCCUUUCUGUUACACGUUUAGCUUCACUUUGAGUUUAAUUCUUCAGUAUUCUCUCUGAUUCUGGUAGAUAAUGAAAAUACAAACCUGUCUGUGAUUCUUUUAAGAAUAAAAACAAAAUCACUGUUAACUCCUGCUUUAGAGGUAAUCCAGCAACAUGCCAGUUCUCCUAAUGUCUGUUCUGCUAUUGAACAUCAAUAAAAAGUUCAUAGUCAGAGA